AUGGCGGGCAGCAUGGUGGGCGUCUACAACUGUCAAGACUUUCAGCCAGGUGUCCAGUACCGUGAGACAGGCAAGGCCCUGUGGAAAGGUGGUGGUGGAAAGGCCAAGGCCCUGGCAAUCCUGGCUCUGCUGCUUACUGGCUCCGUGACCAACGGAAGUCACUCGGCUUCCCUGAGCCUCAGCGUUUCUACAAAACGAAGAUAA